CAAGCCCACGCACUUCACGGUGCACACGAAGGGCGCGGGGAAGGCGCAGCUCGACGUGCAGUUCGCGGCGCCGGGGAAGGGCCCGGCCGUGCGCGACUUCGAGGUCAUCGACAACCACGACUACUCCUACACCGUCAAGUACACGGCGCUGCAGCAGGGUAACAUGGCCGUGGUUGUCACCUACGGAGGUGACCAGGUCCCCAAGAGCCCCUUCGCCGUCAACGUGGCGCCCGCCCUGCAGCUGGGCAAGGUCAAAGUGCAGGGCCUCAACAGCAAGGUGGACGUGGGCAAGGACCAGGAGUUCGCGGUGGACACGCGCGGCGCCGGCGGCCAGGGCAAGGUGGAGGUGAAGAUCACGUCGCCCUCGCGGCGCCCCAUCCCCUGCAAGGUGGAGACGGGCGCCACGAGCGACACGCACUGCGUCAAGUACAUGCCCCCCGAGGAGGGGCCCUACAAGGUGGACGUCACCUACGACGGGCACCCCGUGCCCGGCAGCCCCUUCGCCGUGGAGGCCGUGCUGCCCCCCGACCCCUCCAAGGUUUGCGCCUACGGGCCGGGGCUGCAGGGCGGCUUCGUGGGCACCCCGGCGCCCUUCACCAUCGACACCAAGGGCGCCGGCACCGGCGGGCUGGGCCUCACCGUGGAGGGCCCGUGCGAGGCCAAGAUCGAGUGCCAGGACAACGGCGACGGCUCGUGCUCCGUGUCCUACCUGCCCACGGAGCCGGGCGAGUACGCCAUCAACAUCCUCUUCGCCGAGCACCACAUCCCCGGCAGCCCCUUCAAGGCCGACGUGAAGCCCGUGUUCGACCCCAGCAAGGUGACGGCCAGCGGGCCGGGGCUGGAGCGCGGCAAGGCCGGCGAGGCGGCCACCUUCCUGGUGGACUGCUCCAAAGCGGGCGACGCCGAGCUCACCAUCGAGAUCAUCUCGGACGCGGGCGUCAAGGCCGAGGUGCUCAUCCAGAACAACCGCGACGGCACCUACGCCAUCACCUACACGCCCGCCUGCCCCGGCGCCUACACCAUCACCAUCAAGUACGGCGGGCACCCCGUGCCCAAGUUCCCCAUCCGCGUCACCGUCGACCCGGCCGUGGACACCAGCGGCGUCAAGGGCUACGGCCCCGGCGUGGAGCCCCGAGGGGUGCUGCGGGAGGUGAGCACCGAGUUCACGGUGGACGCGCGGGCGCUCACCAAGAGCGGCGGCCCCCACGGCAAGGCGCGCGUGCUCAACCCGUCCGGGGCCACCACGGACACCUACGUCCCCGACCGCCGCGACGGCACCUACCGCGUGGACUGCCACCCCUACGAGGACG